AUGCACAGCUUUUGUGGACUACAACAAAACUUUAGACUCCAUCGCGACCUGGGCUGUUCUGGAAUCCCUGCAGCGAUGCCAAGUCGAUUAAUGUCAAAGAUAUACGUAGAUAUACUAUCAAAGAUAUACGUAGAGCUGCGGUUAGGUAGAGACGACUCCGAGCGAGAAAUCAGCAAGAAAGUGCAGCUGGGCUGGGCAGCAUUUAGGAAGCUGCCUAAUAUAUUUUCGUCCACUCUGCCACAAUGCUUGAAAACCCAGGUAUUCAAUCAAAGCGUCCUACCAGUCAGGAUCUACGGUGCCUAA